AUGAAAAACCUCGAUGUGCACAAGUAUAUUAAAUUGGUGAAUUUUUUGAACAAGAAGAAAAAAUGUCCCCAGCUUAGUUUAAAAUAUGUCAAAGGUGAAGAUGGAUGUGAUCUUCAAUUAGCCAAUUAUGUAAAUAUCAACAAAGGAAAAAUAGGGAACGAUGCAUUGAGAUACACAAAUGACAGUACAGUGUCCAAGAUACUUUCGAAUGUGACCGAGCUUGGGAACGAGUCGGUGGUUUCCUCUACGCAAAGAAAAGGGGUGGAAAAAAAACUUUUUCUAUCGAAUGGCACCAAGGGGAAGAGGAAUAGCAACCUGGAUAGAAACUCCCAAACGAAGAAUGAUUUAACGAUACAGGUAAACUAUGUCAAUGGGGGCGGAAAUCUCCGAAACGAUGUUGUGGGCCCGUUAACAGGCUGCAGAAUGAAACAGACAGGAGGGAGAAAGGUAGAUAUACGACACGAUGAUGGACUGGGCCAAAGUAGUCUAUAUAGGAAGGAGGAGCAGGUGAAUUCCAAAUUGAUGCGAAUGCAUUGUAAUGGAACAUCAUACGAAGGUAUGAAUCAGACGGAGGGACGAAGCAAUCUACACAGAAGUGGCGAAAUGAGCAAAUUUGAAGUUUUCCAAAAGAGGGAAUCUCUCCGAGAUGGGUGUGACAUGGAAGGGGGACAGAUACACACCCUUGAGAAAAUCACCCAUUUAGGGUUUAACCAUCGAGGGGAUCGUUACAGCGUUAGUAAUGGCGACGAAGGAAGCUACGACGCAGGAGAGAAAAACAGAAAUUCCAAUACCUUCCAAUCAAUGGAGGAGACAGAAAGAGAAUUAAGUAGCGAAGAAAAUUUUGCGAAGGUGAAAAUUACCAAAGAAAAUAUUAUAAUUAUGGAUAAUUUGAAGGAAGAAAGUCGAAAGGGGAAAAAAACGAAGAAAAUGACCAUGACGGAGGAAAGGGAAAAUGUGGAUGACGACUUAGAGACGAUGGAAAGCAAUGUGAGAAGCAGUGCACAGGAAAAAUGCUUGAAGGUGGAAGAGACACAAGGAGGAGAAGAAACAGGUGGUAGUUGUAACGGGGUAGACAACGAUGAGGUGGUAGGAGACAAGGAAAAAAAAAUGUGUGAUGAUAAUCCAAAUGAAGAAGGAAAAGAAAAAGAAAAAAUAAAUUUCCAAAUGAAGAAUGGCAAGGUAAAUAAAAAGUGUCUGUACCCACAUGAAAUUGUUGAAUAUUUAAACAAAUAUAUUAUAGGGCAAACGGAAGCAAAGAAAGUCGUGGCAAAUGCAUUGAGACAGAGAUGGAGAAGAAUACAAGUAGAUGACGACAUGAGAAAGGACAUCAUUCCGAAGAACAUAUUAAUGAUAGGACCAACUGGAGUUGGAAAAACAGAGAUAGCAAGAAGAAUUUCCAUGUUUGUGGAUGCACCUUUUAUCAAGGUGGAAGCGACAAAAUUUACUGAAGUGGGUUUUCACGGAAAAGACGUCGAUCAGAUUAUUAAGGACUUAGUCGAAAUAGCCGUGAAGAGACAAAAAACAAAGUUCGAAAUUGAAAUUAGGGAACAGGCACAAGAAACGGUGGAAAAUAUCAUCUUGUAUUCCCUACUGGGAAAUAUAAAGGAGGAGGAGAAGAGUAUUUGGAGAAAAUAUUUGAAAGAUGGCUCCUUAGACGACAAGGUAGUGAGUAUCGAUAUUCCAAAUUAUGUAAAUAACAACAUGUUUUCCAACGACUCAGUGGAGAAUGCAGUGAAGGAAGCGCUAAGUAAUCACCAAAAUAUUAAGAGCGUCAAAAUUAUACACCAAAAUAUUAACAAACAGAAUGAUAAAAAAACCAUGACUAUACGAGAAGCUAAGCAGAAACUCUUGCAGUUGGAAAUCGAUUCCUCUAUGAACCAGGACGUUAUCCUAAAAACAGCUAUCAGCUCUGUAGAAGAAGAAGGAAUUGUGUUCAUUGACGAAAUUGAUAAAAUUUGUUCCAAGUCGAAUUCGUCUUACAAUGGACCAGAUGCAAGCGCGGAGGGAGUUCAGAGAGAUUUACUUCCCCUCAUAGAAGGAUGUGUAAUAAACACCAAGUAUGGAAAUAUCAACACGAACUAUAUUUUGUUCAUCGCAUCAGGGGCCUUCCAGAGAGUCAAGCCAAAUGAUAUGCUCAACGAACUACAGGGAAGAUUGCCUGUGCAUGUGAACCUCUCUAGUUUAACUAUAAAUGAUUUUAUCGAAAUUUUGACAAAGACCCAUAAUAAUUUGCUGCAACAGAAUAUUGCCCUGUUGAAAACGGAAGGGAUAGAUCUUCAGUUUACGGAUGAUGCCAUUGAAACUAUUGCAAAUGCCGCACAUGACAUGAACUUUUACGUAGAGAAUAUCGGUGUCCGAAGACUGCAUACCAUCAUAGAGAAAAUCAUGGAGGAUAUCAAUUACGACGUUUACAAUUAUGUGAAUAAAACCAUUGUCAUUGAUAAAGAGAAGGUGAAGAAAUCCCUGGAAGGAUUCAUUAAGCAGUUCGACUUGAAGAAGUACAUCAUUUGA